UUGUACGGGGUACGACGUGGUCGCGUGCAGGUGGCGGUGUCCUUGUGGUGCGGCGUGGCAGGCACGCUGAACCCGGUGGCGCGCGGCUACGGCGGGAGGCGUGCGCUCCCGGCGGCGCUGCGGCGGCUGACGCUGGCCGUGUGCGCGCGCGUGCCGCCCGCCGCGCUGCUGGCGCGCCGUCUGCUCGCCGCGCGCUGCCUGCCCGCGCCGCAGCUCCUUGCAGAGGACCUGCACGCCGUCUUCGCUCUCGCAAGGCGAGUUUAUGUUGUUUAA